GCUCUAUAAGAGUAUGGAACUUGGAAGCUAGCAUAAAGACUGGUUCACAGUUGCACCAAGAUAUUAUCAGGGUUAUAUAUAGGAAUAGAGAAGUGGUAUAUGAUUUAUUAUCGAAGCUCAUCCAACAAUUCAAUAUUAUUGAUAACAAAAAUAAACAAAGCAGCAAGAAGAAAAAAUUAUCACCCAAGGGUUGCUUACAAGCUACAAGGAGCUCACUUAGCGAUGCUCCGAUGAGUUGGAACAAUUGCACUCCAAUAGGGGGGGGGGGGGGGGAGGUCAUGAUAGCAUUGUUUAAAAACUCAAUAGGUGGCCAAAGGUCAAAAUAUUCCUAUUGGACAUCGAGCUGAGAAAGGAAGAGGCGACAGUGGAAUGCCCUUUCUACAAUCUGGAGGAAACCCAGAAUCAUAUAUUGAGGGAAUGUCAGUGGGCAAUUCACAUUUGGAGAUCGUCCAUGUUCAGACCACUAUUAGAGCUAGAACCUAACCUAUCAUCUAGCAGUUGGCUAUGUGCAGUAAUGGAUCGAACGGAGGAUGAAAUGCUAGAGAAACUAAGCAUCAUUUUGUGGUCGAUCUGGAAUGAACGAAAUAAUCAGAUGUUCAAUAAGAAAAAAGCGAAGGAAUGGGAAAUCAUUCGUCGUGCCCUAGACUAUUGGGAAGAGUUUAAAUCGCACCAUACUUUGGAGAAGGAGGAAAGAUCGGAGUGGAAGAAUACCUGGAAAAAACCUCACGUAUCGAUAAUGAACCGGCCCAUACCAUGGCCCAUUUGGCAUGUAUCUGGGACCAAACAGAAUUCUGGACCAUAAGACCUCCUAUUGCUAUCCUUUCUUCUUUGGUGAAGGAUGACAUGAUUUAUGAAUAAAAUUACAGGUUUCUAUAAAAAAAAAAACUCAAUAGGUUUUUGCUUUACAUUGUCGAAGGGCCAAGUAGAAGUUACAUUAACCAGGUUGUAACAAAGGAGAAUAGGCAAAUGGAUCUUAUGACAUCAAUGUUUCAACCACAAAUUAAGGUUGCCACUAACACCAUUGAAAAUACAAUAUUGUGAAAAGAAAAAGAGAAUUCACGACUAUUUACUAUAAACAAACGGGCUAAAAGGACACCAAAACGGACCAUAAAUGGAAUAACCACACCCGGCCAACUGGCCGGGCAAAGUGCUAGUUAUAACAUUAUACACUUUGAACUAAAAUGUCACAUAUGGUGCGGAAACAGAUUAAUCAUAAACACGCCAAAGAUAUCCACGGUAAAUCUAAAAUGUAGCGUAGUAAAAAAGACAGUAAAGAGACAAAAUAAAAACAGAAAGUUUAUCCCUACGAAAAUUCAUCAAUCAUCAUUGCAUCUCCAUUCCUCCGAUUCUUCCAACCGCCGGCCAAAAAUUCCCUCCGUUGCCCCCAUUUCGCAUUCUGCAGCAAAGAAACCAUUAAUCUUUGAAUCAUUAUCGUCGUACAUUACAUUGUAAAUGGAGCUAUUCGAGAAAGCGAGGGUGAUCCGGCUCCGAAGCCACCACGACAAGUACCUACUCGCCGACGACGAUCAAGAAGGCGUGAGCCAGGAUCGUAACGGGAUGUCGAAGAACGCCCGAUGGACGGUGGAGAUUGUGGAAGGAUACCAGGCCAUACGGUUACAAAGCUGCUACAGCAAGUACCUGACCGCCUCCUCCACGCCGUUCCUCCUCGGGAUGACCGGGAAAAAAGUGAUUCAGACGACACCCCCGCGCCUUGACACCUCCGUCGAGUGGGAGCCCAUUAGAGAAGGCGUUCAAGUUCGCUUGAAAACCCGCCACGGCCAGUACCUUCGCGCCAACGGUGGCGUCCCUCCUUGGAGAAAUCAUGUCACCCACGACAUUCCUCAUAGAACCGCCACCCAGGAUUGGAUUCUGUGGGAUGUUGAUGUUAUGGAGCUAAGACCGCCGCCUCAGCAACAAUCUUCCGAUCAACGUCCGCCGCAGGGACCCGGUGGCCGGUCUUUCGAAGCCUCUCUCCAGCCUCCUCCUCCGUCGUUUGGACCCAAACCUUCCUUGUCAAGAAUGGAGUCUGAUGAUACGUUUGUGAUGCCAGCGAAAAAUGAAGGCAGGGUGAUCAAGUACGUAGUGGCAAAUGAGAAAGGACAAGUUGAUAAAGAUGAAGAAGGGAGUACCUUUUCUUUCAAGGGAACUGAGGUGGGGGAACUGAAGGAGAGGUUGGAGGAAGAGACAGGAAUGAGUGACAUCCUCGUAUGUUCUCAAAAUCCUUUGAAUGGGAUGCUCAAUCCUCUCACCUUGCAGUAUCUGCCACCAAAUAACGCAAGUAUGAAUGUUGUUGUAGUUCCCUCGGCUGGAAAAGGUGCAAAGAAUAUUACGCAACUGCCUUCAGAUUAGUAAUGGGCUGGCCAUCUCUUGCAUCGACUGAGGACUGUCUGUUGAGAGAAAACAACGCUUGCGCCGUAGCUCGUGGUUGAUGGAUGACCAGAGUGUAGAUGGAGCCAUGUAGUAGGAGUCCUUCAUCCAAUGGUUAACCUAAACACACAAGGUUUCUGUCUCAAUUGUUGAUAUUAAACUUCAUGUUAUGUGCAACUAUCUUCGGGCUGUCUGCGAACUUUGCUAACAUCACAAAUGAAGAAGUAUAUAUCAGAGGUUUCCAGCACUUCAGCAACUGUUACUUCCAAGCUAAGAAAUUCAAAGUAGUUUUCUCCAUUCUUCCUAGACUGACGUCUUCCCUUUUGCUGUUUCCUUGUAAGGUAGAGAGUAAAUGACUUAGCUUCUCACUUGCUAAUAAGUUUAAAGCAGUACUUCCUUUUAUACAUACCUUGUCUAUCCUCCCCUUGUAGAGUUUGUAACACGAAACACAUAUUUCCAGAAUGGCUGGUUACUAACAUGGUAGAAACGUAAGUUUUGAUCAAGUUCCUCUUGUUCCUUUCUUACCCAGCUUGUACUGUCGAUCUGUUUAAAAACCCAAGUUGUGGACAGGAAGAAAUACGCAUCUGUCAUGUAUCAUCUGGCUGCAAUGUCAUUAACACAUUAGUUUCAAAUAUUGAACAGGCAAGAGUGCAAGUUUGACCAAAUGAUAGAUUGAAGCCAUGUACUUCAAUGCAACAGUUUCAUACUUUCAUACUGCAACCUGGCGUUCUCUUGAUCGAUCUUAGCUUGCCACAGAACUCAGGUAGAUAUUCAAUAUAUAAAUCCAAGUCAGGCCUUUAUCUCCAUCUCCAUUUUCCUACUUCAGAAGCACUUUUGCAGCAAGUUCCACAAACUUCCCAUGCUUGUGGAGAUUGACAAUUGCUCUGAUAGAAGCAAUCGUGGGUUUUGACGUUUCUCUGUACUGUUUCAGUUGAUAUCUUCAUAGGGCAUAAAGCAAAACACCAGUAGUAUAUGCUCAUUCUAUUGCUCAAUUCCAUACUCAGUGAUCUUCCUGUUGCAAUCCAGUAUGAGUACAUGCCAUCAGAACUCCAAGUGAAAUAAUUGCACGAGGACCAAGUCCAUCUCCCCUCCUGCAUAUUCCUCCAGCAGUUAAUUGUUUUUCUCACAUAGCUACACAUCAUGGACCCACGAACCAUCACUGUCGCGAUAAAAACCAUUAGCUUUAGUCUUAAACUUGAAGAUCCCCGGGGCCAUAUGUAUGCAUCAAGCCGCAAGUGCAACAACCUGUUAUAUCAUAUCCACCAUCAACUAUUGCUCUUGAUUACUUGUAAAAAAAAACUAUUGCUGUUGACCUAAUGAAUCAACCUGCAGUUAUCCAGAAUUCACCCAUCCGGAUCAAGCCUCAAACCAGCAUGUCACUGAAACUCAAAGACGCCUUCUCAAUCAAACUUCAGUUUCUGC